CUCAUCCACUGUAUUCACAGUAAAUCAACAGGACAGAUAAAGACAUUUGGUACGUGUUCUGCUGAUGAGUGCACUAGUGUAAUGGGACAUGAAGGGUUAAAUCGGUGGGGAGGGGAGGUGACAGCAAACCAAAAGAAGAGGGGGAUAUAAAAACACCAAAGGCUUCGUGGGCACGAGUCUCACUGUGUUUGUGCUGGACUAAAGACACACAACGACAGAAGGGAACACACACAAGUCCUGAGCCGUGGUGUCGUGUGUUAUUUGACAGCGCGCUUUUACGCAGAAGGUGUGCGUGGAUACUCUUGCGCAAGAGCGGCUCAUACACCCUCCUGAGGACAGAGCUCCGAUGAGUUAGUCAGAGGAGGAACUUUGGAUCUUCAUCACACUGAAGAUGGGCUUAGAGUGAACUACAUCUCAUCCUUGAAGACGCAGUGGCAUUUGGAGAGGAUGACAGCACUUUGCGCAACGCACCGGAGCGCAACAAUGUACCCAAAGUUUUAUAUUAGAUGUGAAGGACAGACCACGAGAAUUUGAAGUGGUUUGAACUGGAGACUUUGCUAUUUUGUUUUAUUUUUAUUUUUAUUUUCAAACACAAGAACAAUGAUGCAGAUUCUCAGAAUUGUGUACUUGUGCCAAUGUACCUGAUUUACCUGCGCACAAGUAAAACUCCAGUAUUUCCUCAAUGAAGAAGUAAAACUUCUUAUUUCAACAUAUAAUCUACUUUUGCAUUUUAUACUGAUGCUCAAUGGAAUGGUACACAGCUUUGGAGUUUGUGGGACUUACUUUUUUGCUUUUUAAAGGUAAUUCAAGUUCUUUUUGGACUUCGGGAUUAUACCAUUUUUAAGAUCAGGAGCUAUAGAUCCCUCAUUGAUCUGAUCAGUUUUCAAACGUGGAGUGAUUGGGCUUCUUUGAGAUCGUUUCUAGCCAGUUACUCUUUUUCCCGUGAGUAUUGCUCUUCUGGACCCCGAGGUGGCUCCGCAGUGGUGUGGCGGCUCCUCGUCCGCGGCGGAUCCGGAGAUCGGAGUGUCUGCAGCGGCAGGAGGCGGCAGCGGAAGCCCGGCAGCGGCGGCGCAGGGUCCUAAGAGUGCUCGAGUGAAGAGGAUGGUGCGGCUGGCGGCGGAGCUGCUGUUGCUGUUGGGACUCCUUCUUCUGACGUUACACAUCACGGUGUUGCGGAGCAGCCCGCUGCAGCACGGAAAUGACACUGUGAGCUCGGAGCAGGGGGCGGAGAAUAAUGUCAAUGCAGAAAGCAGCUCCUCUGUUCAGUUGGGGCCGGGUGACAGAAAGUCCCGAGUGCCUCAUAUUUCAGCGUCUCAGCCGUGGGUUCAGAGUCAUGGGACAGGGGGCAGCCUGCAGAGAGACGGACCUGGAGCUUUUCUGCUGGACCUGCAGAACUUCCCUGAUCUUUCCAAAGCUGAUAUAAAUGGGCAAAACCCCAACAUUCAGGUUACCAUAGAAGUGGUGGACAGUCUGGAAGGUUCGGAGCCAGAGAAGGGAAUACGCAAAGAAAACAAGCCUGGCUGGGCAGCUCCUAACUGGAGGAACUGGUGGCAGCGUUCGUCUUCCUCGUCCUCAUCCUCAUCCUCUGUGUCCACUCCGAAGAGUCCUGACGAACAGGAUUACCCCUAUGAGAGCAACACGGAGGACAGCAACUUUCUCAAACCGCUUGGAGACUGGGAGCGAAAAGGGUCUGCUGGCACAGGAAGCAGAUCCCAGACCGAAUAUGAUUACAUAGAUGGUGACGGUGACUGGAGUGGUUGGUCGCCAUGCAGCGUAUCCUGUGGAAAUGGCAACCAGAAGCGGACCAGGUCAUGCGGCUACGCCUGCACAGCCACAGAGUCACGGACAUGCGACAUGCCCAGCUGUCCAGGGAUUGAAGAUGCUUUCAAGACAGCAGCAACAGAAGUCAGUCUUCUCGCCGGCACUGAAGAGUUUAAUGCAACAGAACUCUUUGGAGUUGAUACAGACAGCUGCGAGCGUUGGAUGAACUGCAAGAGCGAGUUCCUCAAGAAAUACAUGAGCAAAGUGGCCAACGACCUACCCAGCUGCCCCUGCUUGUACCCAACCGAGGUGGCCUACAGCACCGCAGACGUCCACGACGCUACCACAAGGCGCAACUUCCGCUGGAAAGACGCCAGCGGACCAAAGGAGAAGCUGGAGAUCUACAAACCCACCGCUCGCUAUUGCAUCCGCUCCAUGCUCACGCUGGAAUCCACCACGCUGGCGGCCCAGCACUGCUGCUACGAUGACAGCAUGAAGCUCAUCACCCGAGGCAAAGGGGCCGGGACGCCCAACCUCAUCAGCACCGAGUUCUCCGCCGACCUGCACUACAAAGUGGACAUCCUACCAUGGAUCAUCUGCAAGGGCGACUGGAGCCGCUACAACCAGGCUCGACCACCCAAUAACGGACAGAAAUGUGCAGAGAACCCUCAGGAUGAGGACUACUACAAACAGUUUGAGGAGGCCAGAGAGUUCUGAGCUGAUGCUACGAACCUUCUAAAACAGAAGCAGAACUCAUUUUUAAAACUGGCCGUGUGUUUGAACAGGACUUGCUAUGAGAAACAGACGGCACAGCCAACAAGCACAGAAGAUCUUCAUAUGGUUUCCCUCAGAACCUCUGGUUGGAGUGUUUUCAUGGAAAGAAUAAUACCAAGUAACUCAUCGUGGUUCUCUUUGUAUUGUGUAUCUAUAUUACUUGGGCUAUCAGAUUUUUUAUAAGGAGUAAAAGGGAAAACUAAAGGGAAGUCAUAUCAGGAAUCACCCCACCAAUGAUCAGCUGACAGCAAGAGUUUCAUGUGUUUUUGCAUGCUUGUAUUAUGACCAACAUGCAGCUGGAAACCCUCACCUCAGGAUUCUUGGACAGAUUCAAGGAUAUCGGAUACAAUAUUCAGGUUCCUGUGUAAACAUGCAUAUAUUUGUCUAGUUGGAUGAACAGAAUUCCUAUAUUAUGUCCUGUUGUAUCACUUUUCCUUUUUUGCUAAAAACAAAACAGUCCUGCAUAAUCUUUGCAAAGUAUUUAUUGAGUCAUAGUUAUGUGUCGAUGGUAGGGGUUUGUGCGUAUAGAUGUAUGGACACAUUUUGAGUGCUAAAUAAAUAGUCCAUGUCACAUUAAAUGUCAAUUGUCGCUGACUCUCAGUGUGUUAAAUUCACAGGAGAUGAUUCCAUAGGAUCUGUAGAGGUCAAAGAGUCUUUCACCGUGUAUCACAGUCAAAUAAGAUCCAUCCUCAGAUAUUAAACACUUUAAGCCAUUCCACAAGACUCCUAUUAGCUUUAUCCAGAAACAGGCCUAAGCCCUGCUUUUGAUGUCUGAUGUAAAAUACUCUCCCCUAUAAAUGGGGCUUGAAUUAUUUUAUAAGCUCGCUUAUAUUCUUAAAUUCCUCAGUAAUUUCUCUGACUAUGAUCAUGCAAUCACAUGAAUAGAGGACCGCAUUCUUAGGGCAAAUGCUGAAACCUCAGAACAUCCCUUCAGAUCUUUGUCUCAAUGGUGUUUUCACUGUUUUGUGCUGGACCAAUCCUAGGUCAACAUUUCACCUGUGCAGUGACAUAAUGCCUGACAAAUAGA